UAAAAAGGUAAAAACAGUUAAAACGUUUGAACUUGAUUUUAUUACGUACAUGUUGGACGAUGAACCGAGUUCCGUUAAGGAAGCUCUGUCCAGCCCAGAUGGACCACUCUGGGAAGAAGCUGUAAAUAGCAAAAUUGAGUCCAUUAUGCGAAAUCAUACUUGGGAGUUGGUUGAUCUCCCUGAUGGUUGUAAACCUUUAGGAUGCAAGUGGAUCCUAAAGAAGAAAUAUAAAGCUGAUGGUUCGAUUGACAAGUUUAAAGCACGUUUGGUU